GAUAGCAUUAAUUUCUGCUCUAAUCUUUAUUAUUUCCUGUCUUCUUCUGGUUUUGGGUUUUAUUUGCUGUUCUUUUCCCAACUCAUUAAAGCAUAAGGUUAGGUUGUGUAUCUGAGAUCUUUUUUCCUUCUUUAGGAAGGCCUGGAUUGCUAUAUACUUUCCUCUUAUGACUGCCUUUGCUGUGUCCCAGAGGUUUUGGGUUGUGGUGCUAUCAUUUUCAUUGACUUCCAUAUACUUUUUAACUUCCUCUUUAACUGCUUGUUUAGCCCAUUCAUUCUUUAGUAGGAUGUUCUUCAGUCUCCAAGUAUUUGUUACCUUUCCAAAUUUUUUCUUGUGGUUGAUUUUGAGUUUCAUAGCAUUGUGGUCUGAAAAUAUGCAUGGUAUGAUCUCGAUCUUUUUGUACUUACUUAGGGCUGAUUUGUGUCCCAGUAUAUGGUCUAUUCUGGAGAAUGUUCCAUGUGCACUGGAGAAGAAUGUAUACUCUGCUGCUUUAGGAUGAAAUGUUCUGAAUAUAUCUGUUAAGUCCAUCCGGUCCAAUCUGUCAUUCAAAGCCCUUGUUUCCUUGUUGAUAUUUUGAUUAGAUGAUCUGUUCUUUGCUGUGAGUGGGGUGUUGAAGUCUCCUACUAUUAUGGUAACUUGAUGAGUUUCUUUAUGUUUAUGAUUAAUUGAUUUAUAUAUUUGGGUGUUUUCACAUUUGGCACAUAAAUGUUUACAAUUGUUAGGUCUUCUUGGUCUAUAGACCCCUUGAUUAUGAUGUAAUACCCUUCUGCAUCUCUUGAUACAGUCUUUAUUUAACGUCUAAAUUGUCUGAUAUAAGUAUGGCUACUCCAGCUUUCUUUUGUUGACCAUUAGCGUGAUAGAUGGUUCUCUAUCCCCUUAUUUUCAAUCUGAAAGUGUCUUUAGCUCUAAAGUGAGUCUCUUGUAAACAACAUAUAGAUGGAUCCUGUUUUCUUAUCCAUUCUGUUACUCUGUCUUUUGAUUGGAGCAUUGAGUCCAUUGACGUUUAGAGUGACACUGAAAGAUAUGAAUUUAUUGCCAUUAUGUUGCUUGUAGAGUUGGAGUUUCUGGUGGUGUUCUCUUGUCCUUUCUAAUCUUGUUGCUUUUGCUAUUUAUUUAUUUAUCUAUUUAUUUAUUUAUUCAUUCAUCUUUUCUCCUCUCAGAGAAUCCCCCUUAAAAUUUCUUGCAGGGCUGGUUUAGCGGUCACAAACUCCUUUAAUUUCUGUUUGUCUGGGGAACUUUUUACCUCUCCUUCUAGUUUUAAUGAUAGCCUUGCUGGAUAAAGAAUUCUUGGCUGCAUAUUUUUCUGAUUCAGCACAUUGAAUAUAUCCUGCCACUCCUUUCUGGCCUGCCAAGUUUCUGUGGAUAGGUCUGCUGCAAACUGAUCUGUCUUCCCUUGUAGUUAAGGACUUUUUUCCUUUGCUGCUUUCAUGAUUCUCUCCUUGCCUGAGUAUUUUGGGAAUUUGACUAUGAUAUGCCUUGUUGAUGGUUGGUUUUUAUUGAAUCUAGUGGGAGUCCUCUGUGCUUCCUGGAUUUCGAUGUCUGUGUCUUUCCCCAGGUUAGGGAAGUUUUCCACUAUGAUUUGCUCACAUAACCCUUUUACCCCCAUUUCUCUGUCUUCCUCUUCUAGGAUCCCUAUGAUUCUGAUGUUGUUCCUUUUUUAAUGAGUCACUGGUUUCUCAAAUUCUUAAAUCAUGCUCUUUUGCCUUAAUCUCCCUCUUUUUUUAUGCUUCGUUAUGCUCUAUAAGUUUGUCCUCUAUAUGGCUGAUUCUCUGUUCUGCCUCGUCCAUCCUUGCUGCCGCUGCAUCCAUCCAUGAUUGCAGCUCAGUUAUAGCAUUUUUAAUUUCAUUCUGGCUAUUUUUUACUUGUUUUAUCUCUGCAGAAAGGGAUUCUAAUCUAUUUUUGACUCCAGCUAGUAUUGUUAUUAUCAUGAUUCUGAAUUCUGGUUCAGACAUCCCGCUUGUAUCUGUGUUGGUUAAAUCCCUGGCUGUCAUUUCUUCAUGAUCUUUCUUUUGGGGUGACUUCUUUUGUUUCGUCAUUUUGAAGGGAGAAAAGGAAUUAAUGAGGUAGAAAAAUUGAAAUUAAAAAAAUUAAAAUUAAAAAAAUAUUAAAAUUAAAACUUAAAACACACACACACACAAAUAGAAUAGACGAUUCUAGAUCCUAGGCGUGUUUUGGUCUGGAUGUUGAAAGUGGUUUGACAGAUUAGAGAAAAAAAGGGGGGGAGAAAAAAAAAGGAAAUCGUUUGAGAAUUUGAAAAAAUGAGUACAUUGAAGUAGACUAAAAUGAGAUGAUGGGGGUAAAAUAGAAUUUGAAAAAAUAUACACAAAAGGAAAGAAUAUAGUAGAAAAAAAUUUAAAGAAAAAUAUUUUUAAUAAAAAUUAAAAGUAAAUAUGAAUUUUUUCAUUUUCUGUAUUUAAGAAAAAAGAAAAGAAAUGAAAAAGAGAAAAAAGAGAAAAAAGAAAAAGAGAAAAAGAGAAAAGAAAAAAAAGAAAUCAUUUGAAAAUUUGAAAAAGUGAAUACACUGUAGUAGAAUAAAAUAAAAUGAUGGGAGUAAGAUAGAAUUUGAACGAAUUUACAUAAAAGCAAAAAACAUAGUAUACAAAAUUAAGUAAAUAUAUUUUUAAAAGAAAUUGAAUGUAAAAAUGAAGUUUUUCUCUUUCUGCAUUCAAGAAAAUGAAAAGAAAUGAGAAAGAGAAAAAAGAGAAAGAAAAAAAGGAAAUUGUUUGAAAAUUUGAAAAGAAAAAGAGAAGAAUUGUAAAAGAAGAAAAUGAAAAAGAAAAAAAAUAUUAAAAAAGAAAAAAAAUUGAAUAGAUGAACCUGCUAACAGAUUGAAGUAGGACUGAAAUUGCCUCAUUUUCCCCUACAGGCAAUUUCCCCCGGAACCAUUUACCUCCAGAGGACAAGCGGAAUUUGAUCUGAAGGCUGGCCAUGACAUCUCAAGGUCAAAGUUUGAGGUUCCGUUCAGAUGAUAAUUGUCAAGUGAACUUCCGUGAGAAGCUUCUGAUUAUUGAUUCAAACCUGGAGGCCCAAGAUGUGGAGGGCUUGAAGUUUCUCUGCCGAGACUGGAUCUCCCACAAGAAGCUGGAGAAGUCCAGCUCAGCCUCGGAUAUUUUUGGUCAUCUGUUGGCAGGGGAGCUGCUGAGUGAGGAAGACCCCUUCUUCCUAGCAGAACUCCUCUAUAUACUCAAACAGAAUUCGCUGCUGCGGUACCUCCGCCAAAGCAGAGAGCAAGUGGAGAGUUUGCUGCCCACCCGAAGGAGGGUCUCUCUGUUCAGAAACCUGCUGUACGAACUGUCAGAGGGAAUCGGCUCAGAGAACUUAAAGGACAUGGUCUUCCUUAUGAGGGAAUCGAUUCCCAAAAUCCAGAUGACCUCUCUAAGUUUCCUGGCAUAUCUGGAGAAACAAGCUCUAAUAGAUGAAGAUAAUCUGAUGUUACUGGAGGAUCUCUGCAGAAAAGUUGUACCUAACCUUAUGAGAAAGAUAGAAAAAUAUAAGAGAGAGAAAGCCUCCCAGGUAGUGACACCUCCUGUUGACCAGGAAACUGAGUCAUUGCAUAAAGGAGAGGAAGAACUAUUUUCUCGUUCAGAUGUUAACCAAUUCUUUGGAGCCUUACAGGAAGCAGCUGUGUACAGAAUGGAUCGGAAGCACAGAGGCCACUGUGUUGUUGUUAAUAACCACAGCUUUACCUCACUCUCAGAUCGACCAGGGACUCAUAGAGAUGCUGAGUGCUUGGAGCGUGUGUUUCAGUGGCUGGGGUUCAGCGUACAUAUAUAUAAUAAUGUGACCAAAGGACGUCUAGAUGAGGUUCUGAAGGAAUAUAAGAGUCAUCCAGGCCAUGCUGAUGGAGAUUGCUUUGUGUUCUGUGUUCUGACCCAUGGGAAAUUUGGAGCUGUCUACUCCUCAGAUGAGGCCCUUGUUCCCAUUCGGGAGAUCAUGUCUCAUUUCACAGCCCAGCAGUGCCCUGGCCUGGCUCAUAAACCCAAACUCUUUUUUAUCCAGGCCUGUCAGGGUGAAGAGAUACAACCUUCCGUAUCCAUUGAAGCAGAUGCUAUAAAUUCCGAGCAUUCACCUCCUACCCCUUCCCUUCUGGCCAGUGUUCCCAGUGAUGCAGAUUUCCUUCUUGGCCUGGCCACUGUCCCUGGCUAUGUAUCCUUUCGGCAUGUAGAGGAAGGCAGCUGGUAUAUUCAGUCUCUGUAUAAUAAUCUGAAGAACUUGGUCCCAAGACAUGAAGAUAUUUUAUCCAUCCUCACUGCUGUCAACAAUGAUGUGAGUCAACAAGCAAACAAAGAAGGAACAAAGAGACAGAUGCCCCAACCUGCUUAUACACUACGGAAAAAACUAGUAUUCCCUGUGCCACAGGAAAAACUUUUAUUGUAGUAGAGAGUUCUCAAUGACUCUUUGACUUGAAAGGAACCUUUGGUCAUCUCUUCCAAUCUCCCACCCACCAUAGGAAUCAUUGAUAGAUGGUGAGCCUGUCAUUCCAAUAAUAGGAAAUGCCCUAUUUUCUGAUUCAACAAAUUGUUUAAAAAAAACCUUUUUUUUUUGACAAGUCUAAUUGUUAGAACACUUUCUUUAUUGAAGCCUUGGGUUGUAGUCUUGGCAUUAGUUUUGUGCCCUGAGAAAAAGCAAUUGGCCUUGGUUUGUGUAUCUGUGAGGUAAAAGGUAGUACCAGAUACAUUUUAAGAUUCCUUUGAGCUCUAAAGAACCACUAUUCUUAACCUCAACUGAGCUUUGAUUUCCUCUCUGUAUGACCACCCCUUGUGAACAUUCUGUGUCCCUUCUGCGUGGCCUUGUUUUGGACAUUGGAUAAUGAUGAGAUCCCACAUGGUUCAUUGACCCUUUCUCUGCUCUCCACUUCCUAAGGCUUCUCAUCUCCACAUCUGCUGGGGUGAAAUUUUUGUCUAUAUGAUGCCCAUUUCCAGCUUUAGUAUAACGAAGGUGUUCCCACAGGAACUCUUUAUCUUGGGUUGGGAACAGGUUUGGCUCUAGGAAGAUGAUAGUUCAGUAUGAAGAGAGACAACUCAGCCACUCUGGGACCAGAGUGAGGUUACAGCCUGAGGUUAAAUUCUGUGUCGAUCAGAACUUUUCAGGUGCUGAUGACAGAACACCCACAUCACACCAACCAAAGCAAAGAAAGGAAUUUAUUGCCUCAUUCAUCUGAAAACACACAAUUGGGUAGUGCUGGCUUCAGGUGAAGCUUGAAUCAGGACUCAGUCUGCACUAUAGCGUCUCUCUCUUGGCCAGAGCUUCUUUUGGUGGCUGCACUGUGCUGACUAAAGCCAACAGCCCCUGCCUUGUCUCCAGCAUGCUCUGUUUCUCUGGCCCAAAGAAUUGAGGAGAGAGACAGCCUUAGGGAUGAAGCUAUUCACAGAAGUUGUUGUUCUCUCCUUAGAGAGUUGUCUGGCUGUGCCUUGGUGAGGGGUGUGGUUCUGUAUGGAAGCCUUGCUACUUUUUACAUUAAGGUUUUGAAUAUCUUUAUGUAUGUAAACUUUUUUUUUCAAUUUCAAGAGGAAUUUUUCUUUUUUAUUUUCUAAGGGAGGGAGAUUGAAAGUCCUGUACCUAAGGCCUCUAUUUAUUGAUGAAGAGGUUGAGGCCCAAGGAGGCAGAGUGAUUUGCUACAGUCCCCCAGCCAGUUAUUGUUUACAGGGUUUUAUUUCCCACUUGAGUGAACUGGAAUGUCAUGGGACAUAACAGGGCUUUUUAGGAACAUUUCCUUGGAUAUGUAGACACCCAUGAAAGAUAUCCAGGAAUGAAGAAGAAUAACUCUCAGUGAUGCCUGAUUUUGUAAUUAUUAAUGUGUAAGUCCAAUGAUCUUCCAGAACCUUUGUAUAUACAAGUCAAAGCGAACAGCUGGUGAUUACAGUCCUUCCCCAGUUGAAUAUACACAGCUUUUGGCCACUUCAUAGUCCUUCUCUGCAAGUGAAAGAUGGUGUGGUACAAAGCAAA